AUGUCUCGAUACCACAAGGCAGCCAUCGAUGGUUACUUGGACCUUUUGAAGGAGGCCACCAGGAAGGACUUGAACUCCCCGGACGAAGAUGGCAUGACACCUACCCUGCUGGCUGCUUUUCACGGACAUGUGGAUGCGCUCCAGCUCAUAUGCAGCAGAGGGGGAGAUCCCAACAGAAGCGACAUUUGGGGAAACACUCCGCUGCACCACGCUGCCGCCAAUGGUCACAUGCACAUCCUCAGCUUCCUGGUCAGCUUUGACGCCAACCUGUUUGCGCUGGACAAUGAGCUGCACACGGCCAUGGACGUGGCCGCCUCGCGGGACCGCAUGGACUGCGUGCGGUUCUUGGACGCCGCCGCAUCUCAGCAGACAAACCAGAAUCCCAAGAAGGUGGCCAGGUUAAAGAAAGAGGCCGGAAAAGAAGCGGAGAAACGAGUGAAACUUUGCGAGAAGGUGAAGAAGCGACACCAAAGCAAGAUGGAUAAGAUGUACCGCGGGCCGGAUACAGCCGGAUCUGCUUCGGAGGCUGGCGAUUUGUCAGUUUUGUCUGGCGCCAGCACUGUGAGCAGCGUCAACGAGCAGUUCUCCAAGCUCAUCGCCUCUGAAAAAUCUGGCUCAUUGACCGCUAGGGUUAAAGGCACGCUGCAGAUGAAGCUCGGGAAGAAAGAUAAGGGAACUCUGCAGAAAUCUGCUGCCGAUGGGAACGUCAUUUUCCUCAAGCAAGAGGACGCGGCGUCUGGGAAUCCGGAGUUUUUGGAUGUUUUCAACGAGCAGGAUGAAAGGAGCCUGGAAGAAGAAGCAGAAGCAGACUAUGGAGACGAAGAUGAAUCAGGCCCAGUUAAACAGUCCAUCUUCAACAGGCCCGGCCUGGGCGGGCUUACCUUCAUGAAACGGAUGAGCCUGGAGACGGAGGAGGUCUUGAGCAGGAACAACGAAAACCUCGGCUACCUUGUUCAGAACCAAACUCUGGAGGCAGAAGAAGACCUCUCCGGUUUAGUGGAGAAUGCCGACGUCCCGUGGGAGCAAGAAGAUCUGGGCCUGGAUGACGAGGAGGAGGAAACGUCUCCUCUGGACGGCUUCUUGGCGUCUAUCUCCUUGUCCGAGUUUGCUCUGGCAUUCACCAGAGAGCACCUGGACCUGGAGGCGCUUACGCUCUGCUCAGACGAAGACCUGAAAAGCAUUCGCAUCCAGUUGGGACCCCGGAAGAAGAUCUUGGACGCUGUUGCACGUCGCAAGAAAGUACUGGAGAGCCCAGGUGCCAUGGGAGAGAGCUGCCUGUAA